CAGGGUUGGCAGGGAUCUCAGGAGCUCAGCUAGUCCAACCCCCUGCUCAAAGCAGGACCAAUUCCCAACUAAAUCAUACAGCAUCAUAGAAUAGCAGAUAGAAUCAUAGAAUAUCAGGGUUAAACUGGAGCCACGUCUCCUGCUACGCUGAGUGGGAAAUCGAGGCCUGGGGCCUAACUCUUUAGCGUGUACGCAGCUAAUCAUCCGAGGGCCCUGGAGCGCACUGUCAAUGCCUUUUGAACAGGGUUCUCUCUUCUUUGCAGAAUAUGGCCCCGAGAAGAACGUAGCAGGUGGGGGCGGGGCCGUCCACGGAGCAAGCCUACAUCUCCAAGGUGGUUCUGCUGGGGAGCGCGGCCAUGGGAAAGUCAAGCACAGCCUUCCGCCGUGUGAAAAACGACGUCAGGGAAUCCGUACCCACUGUGGGAUGUUCUUUCUUUACCCAGCUGGUAUUUUCAGAGACUGCCAUGAUCAAGCUUGUGAUCUGGGACACUGCAGGACAGGAGAAGUACCAUGGGGUUUGCCAUCUUUAUUACAGGGGGGCGAAUGCUGCCCUUCUUGUACUUGACAUAGCCAGAAAGGCAACUUUUGCAAGAGCAAAGCUAUGGUUGAGGGAAUUAGAGAAGGAAUUUCUUCCCGAUGAGCUCGUGAUUGUUUUAGUCGGCAAUAAGAUAGAUCUUGCUGCUCAGCGGGAAUUCACCUUUGAGGAGGCGGAGGAGUUUGCAAAGAGUGAAAGCUUAAUCUACAUGGAAACGUCGGCAAAAUCCAACCACCAAGUGACCGAGGUGCUUAUGGCCAUAGCUCCCGAGUUAUUGAAAUAGGAACAACAGAAGGAACCAGCCCCUCAGCCUCAGCCCUGGAAGAAGUCACGCGUGGACCUGCGAGAGCCAAGCAAUCACACUAAGAAGUGUUGCAUGAACUAAAGGAAAUGGCAGACUGACCUAAGGUUACCAUCAAGUGUGUUUUUAU